GUGAUGGAAUCCAAACUCAUGUGGAGUCUGAGACAAUACGGACGUUGUAGCGAACAGAGGCGCGCGGGAACCGACACUUCGCGUGAUUUAAAAGUUACGUUUUUGCGAAGUGUUUAUUGCUGAAGAAAUUAAUAACAAACUUUAAAACUCGCACGAGAAAGAACAUUAGUGCAAUUUCCUAGCGGAAUGAUGUAUAGUAAAUAUUAGUUAUAUUAAUAUUUUAAGGAAGCGUUUAGUCUAAAAGGUUAGUGUUCUUAUUUGCUUCUUGCAUGCUUGAUGCUUAUACGAAAAAAGAUUUCUGCCCUCGAAAAUAACUACUUCCUAUAUUUACAACUGACAUCUGAUCAGUCGUUUCUUCUAAGAUUUUGGACAUAAUACUAAUCCGUUCUUUUAAAGAAAUUUUAUUUUCGAUUACACGCUGAUUUAAUUUUUUUGUCGCUUAUGAAGCACUUAAUAAACAUAUAAAAAUUUUACUAAAAGCUUCAAUUUUAUCUCAAUACAUUUUGUUUGUAUGUUACUGGACCAGAUUGAAAAAUAACAGUGUAUAUGUGAAGUUUAAACGCGAGAAAGAAAAUACACAGAAUUAUAUUUAUGCUCUACCACUUAUAUGAUAGAAGAAAAAUAGUUCAUCUUCCGAAUCCAAAACUUAUCGCAAGAUCUGAAAAACACUGAGAAAAGUACUUGUGUAACAGUGUUUAGCGAACUACUUAAGUUUUGAUGAACAAUAUCUCCGUUUGAUACUGUUUGUAUAAGAAACUAAUUAGUGAUUUUGGGAAACGAAUUUAUAUACUUUCAUACCAUUUUGAAUGCAGUAUUUAGCUUAAGACUAGAAAUUGCGACAAAUUUGCUUCGGAAGUAUAUGUUACAUUUUAAAACGAGGCAACCAUCUCAGUAAAGAAAUAUUAAGCCAAUCAUUAAAAAAGGGACAUUUAUCAGUUUAUUGACGAACUGUAUUACCACAUCUCAUCUCUAUGGGAAGGAUAAAAGUUUCGAUGGAUGACGACAGAAAGUAGUCAGACAAAUAACGCGAAACGAAAACGAAAAUGUUUAAGGAAACAGAGAGCAGAAACAGCCAGAAAACAAUGCACCCGUUUACAACCUCACAUUUCUUGGAUUUGGUUUAACGUCGAAACUUCUCUGCUCUUAGAUGUUGCAAGACACUGACGGGGACUAAUCUACAGAUUACUUUGCUGGGUAUAGAAAUAAGUAAUAAAAAUGGCGACUUCAAACGAACUGGCACCUAAUCAAGAAGGUAGAGGUUUGGUUGCGCCAUCAACAGCAUCUCAUGACUGGGGAGGUGGUCCUCCUCCUGGAGCUUCCCUUUCGGAAAAUACGUCCGGAGAUCCCCUUUCACACCCCUACGUAUAUAGGAUAGGAAUUUAUGGCUGGAGAAAACGAUGCUUGUAUUUCUUAGUCAUCAUUUUGUUUUCUAUGGUGAUCAUCAAUUUAGCCUUAACUAUAUGGAUCAUAAGGGUUAUGGAUUUUUCCAUUCAUGGAAUGGGCAGAUUACGAAUUUUUAAAGAUGGCAUCCGACUAGAGGGUCAGUCUCAUUUUCUACAAGCAAUGUAUGCCGCACAAAUCCAAUCCAGAAAGGAUCAAGCUCUGAAAAUAGAGUCUUCCAGAAAUAUAACAAUCAACGCAAGAAACAAGGACGGUAAAAUUACGAAUAGGUUAUCAAUAGGUCCUACUUCCAUGACAUCUUUUGCGGAGAAAUUCACGAUCAAGAAUCGGAAAGGGGAAACUCUAUUUCAUGCUGACGAUAAGGAAGUCGUGAUUUCGGCAGAACGACUCAGGGUGACGGGAUCUGGGGGAAUUCGCUUUGAAGGCUCGGUCCAAACUCCAUUUGUAAGAGCAGAACCCUUCCAACAACUCAGGUUGGAAUCUCCAACUAGAACGUUACACGUUAAAGCUCCAGAAGGAAUUGGUAUUGAAUCCCGUGCAGGAGAUAUCAGUGCAUCAUGUCUCAAAGAUCUUAAACUGCAGUCAAAAGAAGGGGCGAUAUGGCUUGAUUCCGAGCGGGUUGAGCUAAGAAACCUUAAAACAGCAAUUCCUACUUCAAGAGGUCGGUCUUAUCCUGGUAUAUAUCAACUCUGUGCUUGUGAGAACGGACGAUUGUUUCUUGCACCACCAGAAAAAGUGUGUCAAGCGGAUAAUAUUGUUUGUAAAUAAUAAUCGUGAUAAAUUUAACUUCAGCUAUGAAAGAUUAACCUUGCUGAUAACAAUUGGACGCAUUAACCUGUACAAGAUCAUCCAUAAGAUCUGCAGCAGUUCUAAUUAUUUGGCGUACACAUAGCAGAUAAAUAGUUUCUGGAAUAUCUCCUUCAGUUAUGCUUGGCGUCCAUAAUUGUACGUGAAAUCUGAAUCCCUUAAUCUGUCUCAUUUUCAAAGCAAAAUAAAUGGUUCUCAUAGAAACUUCUAAAAUGUGCCUCAUCAUUUAUCACUAUUGCAACUGAAUAUUAUUCUUCAAAUUUUAUGGAUAAGAUGCUCAUCAAUCAGGAAAACCGCCUGCUGUAAAGAUGUUCGUAUAAAUGUUUCGUUUUUCAUUUUAAAGAGAACAUAUACUGCUCCAAAUUCAUGAACUGCACGUCGUGUUUUUCUGACUUUUGUAUUGUAUAUGUAGAGUAAUGUUAUAUAUACGGUGCAACACUAAUUGAUUAACUCUCAGUUUUUUGUAAAUACUAGGUAGACAAUAUCUGUUUAAAACCAUUUAUUUGGCAUUAAAAUUAAAUCGAAGUUGAGUGUUUCAGAAGCCUCUAGUGCUGUGUCUUUGUUCGUCUAGCAUAUUGCAACUGUGUUGACAUAUUUUGUAUCAGUUUUUCUAAGAGAUAAUAAACAUUUUUUGUUUUUCACCCUGAAA